AGCAACUUCGUGCUGGGGAACGCACAGGUGCCCGCUCUGUACCCCAUCGUGUACUGCAGUGAUGGGUUCUGUGAGCUCACGGGGUACGCGCGGGCCCAGAUCAUGCAGAAGGGGUGCGCCUGCAAGUUCCUGUACGGCCCGGAGACCAUCGACGAACACAAGGCGGCCAUCGAGAAGUCCCUGGAGAGUAAGACGGAGCUCAAGGUCGAAGUCAUGUUCUACAAGAAGAAUGGGUCGUCCUUCUGGUGUCUGCUGGACAUCGUGCCCAUCAAGAACGAGAAGCGGGAGGUGGUGCUCUUCCUCGCCUCCCACAAGGACGUCACCAACUCAAAGAUGGAGGAGGUCUCGUUCUACCCCGGCUACGAGAACGACGAGAACGAGAAUCUGGACCCGGAAGCUCCCCCGAACAAGUAUGGUCGAAGACGUAGCCGCGCCGUCCUCUACCAACUGUCCGGACACUACACCCAGGACAAGACGAAGAACAAACUCAAGCUCAAUAAUAAUCCCCUCCAGCCACACUCGGCGGCGCCGCUGCCGGAGUACAAGACGGCCAGCAUCCAGAAGUCCCGCUUCAUCCUAACCCACUACGGGAUGCUCAAGACCUGCUGGGACCUGGUCAUCCUCCUAGCCACCUUCUACGUUGCCGUCACCGUCCCCUACAACGCCGCCUUCCUCGUUAACACCAACCAGCAAGACAAGCCUACCAUCGUCCCCGACGUAGUGGUGGAGGCGCUCUUCCUUGUCGACAUAAUCCUCAACUUCCGGACCACCUUCGUCAACAAGAAGGGGGAGGUGGUGCUGAGUCCCAUAAGGAUCGCCACGCAUUAUGUAAAAGGCUGGUUCGUCCUUGACCUGGUGGCUGCCAUGCCCUUCGACCUUCUCCUCGCUGCCGAUGUCUACAGCUCUUCGUUCCAGGCCACGAACAUCCACCUGCUGAAGCUGACACGUCUGUUGCGGCUGGCACGCCUUCUGCAGAAGAUGGACCGCUACUACCAGUACUCGGCGCUCAUCCUCACGCUCCUCAUGCUUUGUUUCACCCUCGUGGCACACUGGCUGGCCUGUGUCUGGUACGCCAUUGCUGAAGACGAGAUGCAGCGCCCACAGCCUGAGAUUGGCUGGAUCUAUGACCUCGCUGAGCGGCUGGAGACAGACGCCAAGAACGUGACCAUUGCAGAGAAGUACGUGACGGCGUUGUACUUCACUUGUUCUUCCCUCACCUCUGUCGGCUUUGGCAAUGUCUCCGCCAACACGAACCGUGAGAAGAUCUUCAGUAUCGUCACUAUGUUGAUAGGAGCCCUCAUGUACGCCACAGUGUUCGGGAAUGUGACAUCGAUCAUCCAGAGAAUGUACCUCCGUCGCUCCCUCUACCAGACCAAAUGGAGGGACCUGAAGGACUUCCUCUCCCUCAACCAGAUCCCAAAGGAACUCCGCCAGCGGAUGCAGGACUACUUCCAGACUAUGUGGAGUCUGAACCAGGGUAUUGAUAUUCAUGAGACACUGAAAGAGUUCCCAGAGGAGCUGCGUGGGGACAUCUCCAUGCAUAUCCACCGGGAGAUCCUAUCCCUACCCAUCUUUGAGACAGCCUCCCAGGGAUGCCUCAAGCUACUCAGUCUGCACAUCAGGAAUAUCUUCUGUGCCCCUGGCGAGUACCUGGCACACCGUAAUGAUGCCCUCCAAUACAUCUACUACUUGUGUAAUGGUUCCAUGGAAGUUGUCAUGGAUGACAUGGUUGUGGCUAUACUUGGAAAGGGUGACCUGGUAGGGAGUGAUGUAGACAUGCACCUUCGUAAUGGCGCUGACACAGUGGUCAAGUCUUCAUGUGAUGUCAAGGCCCUCACCUACUGCGAUCUUAAAUCUAUCUACAUUCCUGGCCUGCUGGACAUUCUCAAGUUGUACCUCGAAUACCAACAGGAGUUUGCCAAUGACAUCAAGCAUGACCUGACGUACAAUCUGAGGGAGGGUUAUGAUAAUGAGCAGCAGGACAUGGAAAUUGGGUCUGGGAAGAACCUCCUUCCAUCUAUCAGUGAGGAUGAUGAGGAGCGGGGAAGUGAGGAUGAGGACAAGUCUCCUGUGUCAACUUCACCAAGGUCACCACUCCACACACGCACCACCACAAGGUUCAACUUCUCACGAAAUGAGGAAGAGAUAGGGAGUCCUAGAUGGGGCCACAGAAGCCGUGAACGUAGUGGGGGUACUCCUGUGAGGGGCGCCCUCAAGACCUUAUCACCUACUCGUCUUCACCAUCGUUCCAAUGAUGAACUCAGAUGUGAUGAUCAAGCUAAGGUUCAGUUGGAAAAACUAGACACCCAAGUCAACACACUUCAUUCAGAUGUCAGUGGCCUAACCCAAGAGGUUCGGUCAGCACUGCAGCUCCUUCAAUCGAUCAGCCACAAUAUAGGUGGAGGUGAUAAUGAUGGUGGGGGUGAUGAGGCAGGAAGUUGUUUCACUGUAGCGAGUAAUGAAGGUGGACGUGUGGGAGGAAGUGGAAAUAAUAGUGGCAGUGGAGGUGGUGUUGCUAACAUUUACAUGCAAGAAAAUCGACUAACACCUCUCUGCAGGUCUUCACCUAGUGUAUUUGCUACUUGUCGGGACACACGAUUUUCUUCGUCGCUGCCACGUCACCGCAGCAAGAAUGUCUCUACUCAGACAGACCUUCCUAUAGAUGUCCCAGUUGCAGUUCUAGAAGCAUUUGUGUUAGCUCAUCGUUCCCGAGUUCUUCAACUCCUAGGCAUUCAAGAAGUGGUGAGUUCCUCCCCAGAUACACCAUCAAAUAGUGGCCAAGUCAUUCCACCUGCCUCUAGUUCAUCACAAGCAAGUGAGGUUCAUACAUGCAUCAUGAUUCCUGAGAAUGAUAGUAACAGCUGCUCUGAGAGUGUGACAUCUACACCAGACCAAAAUGACCCUAUUUCCAGAACUGAUCAACUUCCAGAUCCACAUUCUGUACAAACUCAAAACCCCUCCAUUACAAUACAAGCUGCACCCAAUGUUAUUGGUGACAGUAGAAACAACAACAACAAUAAAAGUCCACGUACAUCCAUAGAAACAUACCAACUAACAAAUCUACAAAACUGGAAUCCAGUCUCUCACUUAAACAGAACAGUCAUGUCAGCUUCACGAAGUACAGGGAGCUUAAAGGAUAUUAUUUCUGUCAAUCUCAAAAAUCACACUCCGCAGUCAAACCAAAGUGGUAAUAACUCAUCAUUCUUGGUACAAUAUCAAGUACAGAAGAGUGAGACAAAUCCAUACAAAACUGUGGUUCAUUAUGGUUGUUCUUCUGACUGUCCGCCAACAGAUCUCAUAUGUUUCUCAGAAGUCAACCAUACAAUGACACGAAGUACAUCCAUGCCUGUAGCCUCCUUUAGAUAUUUACCCAAUCUUUCCAGUUCUUCUGUAAUGCCUAACACACAAUUACCCAGUGUCAGCAAAGAGACAGGAGUACAUCCAUCAGAUUUGCUUCCAAAUACAACUGAAGAUACACAAAACAUUAACAAAAAACCUACGAUUGUAACAGACUUCUAGCCAUGGAUAUAUGGCAUACAGUAUUUAUCAUUUAACUGAGUCUCCAGUACAAACAAAGAUGGUAGAUCUCAAGUAGGCUAUUUUUCUCUCAAAUAUACUGAAGAAAGUUUUAAAGAUGUUAUGGCUAUAUAUGAAGGAAUAUUACAAAGAAUGUCCUUCAGAAGUUAGCUAUCUGAGCAUGGCUAAAUUACUGUACAUGAACAAAAUGUAUUGUUACUCUUAUAUACAGUGUUUCUGGAAUACAGUAUGUAAAUAAUGUGGUAUAAUUGCCAGAAGCAAUGUUUUCUCACAUUCUCCAUGGACAAUACACAAAUGGCCUCAAUACCAGCCAUGACCAAAAAUUUUCUUCACUAUCAUGAGGUUAGCACUGUACUUUAUAUUUCUUUAGAUUUUAAUGGGCAUUAAUUUCUUAAAUCCCAUUUUAAACAUUACUUGCAAACACAAUUGAAUAUGUUUGCAAACAUAAUCCCAAAUUUUCUAAUUAUUAUUAUUGUUUUAUUGCAGUACUUUGAUCAUUUCAGUGGUUAUGGUUACCAUUACUUCAUUUACCAGAUUUAAUACAGUACGUACAGGUAUUUUGUAGAUACAGGUAUCCCUUAAGUUAUGGAAGCUCAAGUUGUGAAAAUUUUGAAUUGACAGAAUCCAAAAAGUAUGGAAUUUGUUUAUAGAUACAGAAGAAAAGUUUGCAUUAUUGAAAAAUCUUUGGGAAACUUCUGAGGUUAAAGAAUGAGGCAAAAAUUUACAAAUGUUGCCAUCCUCUAGUACAGGUAUGUUACUAAACACAAAAUAAAAUUUAGUAUAGUACAGUACUGAAUAUAAUACUGUACAGUAUAUAAAGACAUUUCAACUACUGUACAUGUAAACUGAAAUGGCAUACAGUAUUAAAAGGGAUUGUACAGAAAGGCUAAUGCCUCACCAACACCCUAAGUGUUGUAAGUACAGUAGAAUUUGCAUUACAGUAUGGUACAAUACUGUACUUAUUAUUGUAUUUAUUAAAAAAUAAUAAUAUUAAAUGUUGUAUAAUAUUAUUUAUAUUUUCAGUCACUUCAUUAGGUCUCAGGAGGACAGAUUUAGGCGUUACUUAAUGCACAGCCAUGGGAGGGAGGAUAUGUACAGUUGCGGACAAAUGAAUCGUGGCCACCUAUAGUAUUUCCACGCUAAUCUGGCUCAUAAGCCCCACCCUUCGUCUAUAGCUACAAAUAGCCGAUUGGUUCCCUGAGCAUUUUACCCCCCCACAGGACUUCGUGUAUACAAGCGUGUAUUUAUUUCGACCUUUUAUAAAUGCAUUUGUGGAGGGUUACAUCUAGUGCGGGAGGGGUGGCGGCAGCGUCUUAACAGUGCUGGCGCUUGUUUACCUUGGUAUGCAGUUGGGCUAACGCAAAAGUAUUGACACCUCAUGUGGUGCUCUUCCAAGCUUUACGGUGAGGAGUGAUCGUCUCCCACGUGAGGGGGUUGAUUUGGCACUUUUUCGGGUUUAAGAUAUCCUUAUACUCUUUCUGUUGCGCGCUAGCAUUACAUUUACCAUUUGUUAGGUGACUGGAAAGUACCGUAACUGCUUUGGCAGUCUACCUAACUUAACCAAACUUCGUUAUGGCCUUUACUCUCCGUUCUUUGGCUUCCACGAAACUGUUACCAAUUGCAGAAAGCACUCCACCAAUGAUGGUGGACUAGGUGGCCUCGACUCAUCUGUUUGCUUGUUGUUAAAUCAUAAAGAGUGGUAAAACUGGGUAUAGGUGGUGGCUAUACCUGUUCCAAGGUGGUGGCAGGUUGUCUGUUGAUAAACCUAGCUUCUAGAUGCCAGAGUCGUGCCAGUUGAUUUAUGGUCUCGACUCUCAAGAGGGAAAAUAUGCACAUGCCUCUUCAUUGUAUUUUGUAAUGUAUUUCAUAUACCAGUACUGUAUGUAUUUAGUGUAUUUUUUGUUUUUUAAGUUAAGCUAGUGAAAGAAGAGCAUCCACUAGUAAAACUUGCUUCAAAUUUAAAUUAUUUUUUUUCUUUUAAUGUUUUUAAGAACAAUAUUGUCUGGGAAUACGCCUCCAAUUAUGUAAUGGAAGUCUUUGGCAAAUGUGUUUCAAGUUACAGCUUUUCAGGAAUGUGACUCUUCCAUAACAUGAGGGAUGCCUGUAUAUACACUGUAUACAGUACAGUAUAGUAUAGUAAAACCUCACAAUACAGGUAUAUUAUUUUUGUGUAUCACACUAUUGUUUGUUCAAUCAUAUUCAUCAUUGCUUGGAUGGUUCAUAAAAAAAAUUGCAUUCCUCUUAUUUUUUAUCAUUAUAUCAUUUGCUGUUUAUAUUAUGUAAAACAAAGUACAAUUGUGAACAAAAGUUGCUCUCUCCCAAACUGAACCAGUAACAUCCUCAAAUGAGAUUAAACAGCACAUCCGCACCAGGCAACAGUCGGGGUAAGUCAGUUCGAACUCAUUCCUGUGACUCGGUCUCGUGGUGUUUUAUUUUGUCAGUGUUACUGGUAGACAGAGGCCACUGCUCGUCAGUUGAGGUACACUGAAUAAAAAAAAUUAAAUAUAAUCCUCACAGAGAGGUUCCAUAAAACACACAGGUAUUUUUUCUUCUUCAGUAGUUUUAUCUUAAUACUGUACUAAAAUACUCAAAACUAUAUAAAAAAAAAAUUAAUACUGGAGUAGUAAUGCAGUUCCUGCCAAUCAAGGACUGUCUACAUGCACAUUACACAAAAACAUUGUAAAUUGUUCAUUACUUUUUUACUCUGUUCAACAUUGUUUAAUGCAUUGUUUUGUUUAAUUUUCUUUUAAAUUUAUUCACUUUGGCUUCACCAAGACAUUUAUUAUCAUGUAGAUCAGUUUUAACUCGCAAGAAAGAACUGUAUGAUGUUAACAGUAAAGAAUUACUUUUAUCCACCUUAUUCUACACUUUAGUAAGUUAAAAGAAAAAUUAUUUGGAAGCAUAUGUAUAUCCCCUAGUUUGGUAAUACAGUAAAAAAAAUAUGUUCAAUUCUUUCUUUAUUCAAAAUUUCUUGUAUACUGUAUUAGUGCUCUUUAUUAAUAGUAAAAUCAGUUAUGUUCUGCUGCUCACACCACCCAUGCUCUAUUCACAUGUACAGUACACAACUUACCAGGCAUUGGGAUUUCAUUCAAUGGACUUCUACCUUGUUUGCUAGUGUAUUCAUAUUUCUUAAUGUGUACUACGUAUUGUUUUUAUCUAACAUUAUGUACAGCAGUUUUAUACUUUAUACAGGUAUGGUACAUUUUUACAUACAGCAUUUAAGUGUUUUAUAAAUGGUCUUAUGUUAGUGACAGUUAUGUACAGCAUUUUGCUAACUUGUCAAAUAUUCAUAAUGAUAUGAAUACUACACUGAAAGCAAAGUGUAAAUAUUUGUCCUUUACCUUGAAUUUGUGGCUAAUUCUAAAUCCUUACUAUAUAUAU